UAUAACCAUAGACAAACUUCACCUAAAUUCUAUCGUUUUUGAUUAUGACUUUUGAACAUUUGUGAAGUUGUCAAACAAAAAUGGCAGACGCUGCUGUAGAAACCGCUCCAGCAGAUGAAAAUGAUGAUAAUUGGUUAUAUGGAGAAUCAGCGAGUGAACAAAUCGAAGCGGAAGCAUCAACUACUGAUGAAAAAACACAAGAACAGGAAAAUGCUAAUAAGGAGAGAAUAGAUGAUGAUGGUAAAGUACAAGAAGAGACAGAGACAAAUGAGGGUAACAAUGAAGACUCUCACUUCAACGAUGAACACUUUGGUGAGGUGGACAGAGAUGAUCAGGAUCAGACGAAUGGAGACGCCGACAGUCAGGACAACGGGGACACCGACUCUGAUGAUAGUGAUGACGUCAAAGUAACGAUUGGAGAAAUUAAGUCAGGACCACAAGCUUAUGCCAGUUUGAAUAUAAAACGUGGUGUUGGACUUGUAGCAGCUGGAACUGAGAAGCCUCGUCAAGGUCCAGCGGCCGGUAACAAAGUGACUCUUGAAGACUUAGAUGGUCCCGGAAGCAUCAACGGCGUGCCAGCGCUAGAGUUUAAUAUUGACACUAUUGAAGAUAAACCCUGGAACAAACCUGGAGCUGAUAUAUCUGAUUACUUCAAUUACGGUUUCAACGAGGUGACUUGGAGCGCUUACUGUGAGCGUCAGAGACGGAUGCGUGUUAGUGAGGCCGGUGUCGCUCUACACGCCGCCCCGCCGCCCCGCGCCGCCCCCACAGACAGACGGCAACAAGGUCCACCAAGACAUGACGACAUGCCGCCAGGGAUGCCAAAUAAUUACCAGUCCAGAGAGAACACUAUACAGGUGAUGACAGCCGAGCGUCGUGAGUACGGCCGCGGUCAGGUGCGCGAGGCUGCGCCACCCGCCGACUACUUCAGCGCUCCGCCCCCCGACCAUUACUACCAGCCUCCGCCUCACGCGCCUCACGCUCCACACCUCCCUCCACACCAGCACACACCACACUCAUACGAGGAACCCUGGGCUCAUCCAGAACAGACAGGCUGGGCGCCGUCAGAUAUAAAGGAACUAACGCCCGGACCCAUGGGACCGCCGAUGCCGCUAGGCAUGCCGCCCGUACACAUGCCCGCGCCCUACCCGACAUACCGCUCGCACGUCACACACACACACGAAAGAGACCGGGACCGGGAACGGGAAAGAGACCGAGACCGGGACCGGGACCGGGACAGGACCCGCGACGACCGUGACCGACGGGACCGGGACCGGAGGGAUGAGGUGUGUAAGGAGGAAAGAGACAGGGAUCGUGAACGUUCACGCUCCAUUAAACCGGAGAGGAUACGAGAGAAAUCGUACCGCCGUGAGCGGUCUCGUUCACGUUCCCGCCGUCACAAGUCCCGGUCCCGGUCUCCGAGACAACGGGAACGUUCCCGGGACAGGGAGAGGAGUAUGAAGCCCAAGAACAAGGAUGCCAAGGAAAAGGACGAAGAUAAAUAAUAGCGAUUCCGCAGAACACGACACUAGCUAUAAGAGUAUCAGAAACAUUUGUUUAAAUAAAUAGAUUUACUAUUUAA